UCCAUUCAGCUUGGAAGUAUUUUAGAAAAUCCCGGAUGUGGGGCGCGGCGCCUUUAAGAGGCGGGCGGCUUCCAACGCGGGAAAAAAAAGGCGAGGCUUCGAGCAGAGCGCGGGAAAGCCGGCAGACUAGAACGUUGAGGAGGACGAGUGCGUCAUCGGGAAGAGGCUGAGCGUUCCUAUUGGUCGGGACGCGUCCGGAUAGAACGUUGGGGACACGAGAGUUCCAUCGGGGAGAAAGAGGGUCUCCCUCCACGUGGUCGGGAUGGCGCAGCUCCAAGUGACAGAUUUCUUCCAGCAGAGCAAGCGGGGUGCCUCCGGGCGCCGCAAGGGAAGCCAGCCCGAGACCCCGCUGGCCUCGCCCUGGACCCCCGCAGGCAGCAGGAAGCGGGCCAGGACCGAGCCCGGGGGCAGGGGCCCGGCCUCCGCCAAGAAGAGGCUCCUCAUGGCGCCCCCGGAAGAGGAGCAACCCCAGCAGGCGCCGGCCCCCGGACCUUGCAUUGCUCCGCCUCUUGGACCUCUCAGCCCUUCGGGUUUGGAUAAGAAGGCAAAGGAUUUGACCAAUGUAAUUCUUUCGCCAGGCCUGAAACCAGAGACGGAAGCAGAGGAUUGUACACCAGCAGAAAAGCAGGAGACAUCCAAGGAGAAGCUGACGGAGCUGAGAAGCCGCCUGGAAAAAAUCCGAGCGUUGACCCAGAAAGCCCGGUCGCCAAAGGGAUCCCCAGAGACAGACGUCGACCUCAAGAUCCGCCUGAAACGGGUCCGGCUGCUGGAAUCCAAGAUCCGGGAGAGGAAGGACUCCAAACAGGGAAAAGAAGCAGAUUUGGGCAAGAAAGAUCCAGAACCCAGCAGAGAGAGCAGUGAGAAUGUGCCGGCCUACCAGCGCUUCCAUGCUCUCGCCGAGGAUGUGCCCCCUGGUCUUGCGCUGCCUUAUAAGUACAGAGUCCUGGCUGAGAUGUUCCGCAGUGCAGACACCAUCGUGGGGAUGCUCUUUAACCGGUCGGAAACAGCCACCUUCGCCAAGGUCAAGCAAGGGGUCCAGGACAUGAUGCGCAAGCAAUUUGAGGAGCGCAACGUGGGUCAGAUCAAAACUGUGUUUCCCGAUUCGUACAUUUUACGCCAAGAGAAGAACGUCCCCACUUUUGGAAGUGGAGGCCCCAAGAAAAGCGACUACCAGCUGACUUUCGAACCACUUCUGGAAGCUGGCGAGAAACUGUCAGCUUCACGGCUGAUGGAGCGCCGGAAAGUAUUCAGCAGGAACCUGGUCAACAUUGUCAAGAGUCAUCACAAGGCCUUCCUGGCUUCGCUGAGCCCUCCCAUGGCGGUGCCGGAGGGCAAACUGACCCGAUGGCACCCCCGCUUUAAUGUGGACGAGGUGCCGGACAUCUCUCCCGCUGAGCUGCCGCAGCCUCCGCAAGUAGACAAGAUCACCAGUGCGCAGGAAGUGCUAGCAAAGGCAAGGAGCAUGUUAACGCCAAAGAUGGAGAAGGCUUUGGCCAACCUGGCCUUGCGGACAGCGGAGAGCAGCCGCCCUUUGACCCCGGAGUCACCCCGCCCGACCCCUUCGGCCCCCCCAAACACCCCCAGCAGCAGCCUCAGAGGGGUCUCCCAGGCCUUGCUGGAGAGGGAACAAAAAUCACUGUGUUUACAAAGUGUAAAUAAUAGAUUGGCCAAAUUUCCUUUUGUUGCUGCAGGAGAAAUGGAGGGCCACCUGCGCCUCCUUUCGGAGCUGCUUCCAUCCUGGGUCAGCAUCCUUUCCAUCCGGAAAGACACAUAUAUCAAGCUGGACAAAAGCGUCGACCUCAACAUUAUCACCGAGAGACUGGCCAAAAGGGUGAAGGAAGAGGAAUGGCUUUGAUAGCAACGAAUGCAGACUUUUUGGUGCAACAAUUGUGACCGGACCGAGCCUCCUGGCAGAGUUUUUACUUAACACAUUUCUAGAUUUUAGCAUUGAUGGAGCAAUAAAGGCAAAAAAGGAUAGUUUUUACUGUUUCUAGCUGCUUCCCCCCUCCCCAAUUCAGCUGGAAAGUUGGUUUCGGUUCAUGUCAAACUCCGUACCUCUCUGCAGUUGUUAAAACUUUGUAAUUGUUUCCGGAAUUAUGUUUUUCUUUCAAUGGAUUGUAAUGGGGAAUGAAAUGAAGCAAGACUACAAAUGUGGAAAAAUAUGAUGCAGGAGUUUCCAUUCCCAAAUGCAAUGGGUUAGGAACACUUUUCCAGGAAAAUGAGUUGGAAUUAAUUCCUUUUGCAUUUUUUAAAUAGUUUGCAAGGGUCCCUCCUUCCCUUUCUUUCAAAAAAGAGAGGAUCUGUUUUGAAAUGUUGAAUGUAUUAUUAUGAACUUUGGCAUUAAAAUAUUUUCUUCACUUGACAA